CACAAACAGCGCCACAACACACACCACACACCGCCAACAUGUCUCUGUACGACGGGCUUGGGCUGGACGCGGACGAGAUUGCGCCUGAUGCGCGCGCAACGACGUCCACAGCAGAAUCAGGCACAAGCUCUGGUGAUCCAGAACAAAAGAAGAAGAAGGUUGCAGAAGGUGGAGGAUGGAGCGUCAGCCAGUCCAUGUUUGCCGCUCAAAUGCGAAGAAAACAAGCUGAAAAGGCUCGCGGCAAGACCGCGGGAUCCACGAAGAAGAAAAACUCGGGGCCUGGCGCUCCAAGCUUGAUGAAGCCACUUGGCCAUGGUUUGGAGACGGUGACGAUCAUCAAGAGGAAAGCUGGAGGUGACGACGCAAACGACAACACCGGCGACAACGCGGGUUCCUCACACGACCCACACGGCGGCAGCAGCACCAGAGGGUCCACGGGGAGCGGUCAUGGUCUUGGUGACAGCGGCAACGGUCGACACAGCCGCACCAGCAACAACACCAGUGGUGGCUCGAGAAGUGAGCAUGGAAGAAAUGGGGCAUCAGCGGACACACACGACGCAGAGCCUUUCAGAGAAGACCCUGCAGCCCGCAGAGAAAUCAGACACCCAUACUCGCCCUGGAGGCCAAACGACUUUGAGCUGAUCCGCAUGAAGAAGAAGGAGCGCCAGGGCGGCGAAGACGAGAGGCGGCGACAGAGCAGGAGGAGAAGGGCACCCCCACCUUCAUAUCCAGGGCCAAUGAGCCAACGCCCCAAAGCCGCAAUUGCACCGCCAUCUUUCCUCUCCGGUGAAUCGCCACCGCCAGAUCGGCCUUCAUUCGCACAUUAGUCCGUGUGUGUGUGUGUGUGUGUG